AUGCAGUUCAAGGCCAUCACUACCCUAUUUGCUCUUGCCGCCGUGAUGGGGAUGGCUGUCGCCGUACCUAUCCUCCCCGCCGCCGCUCGCGAUGCAGAACCUGCCGUCGAGUUCAACACUGAGGAACUCAUCUGGCUCCAAGCUGACUAG